AUGAUUAGAAGAAUUUUUGAUUUCCACUGUAUUAUUCAAUCAAGAUAUUUUCGUGUAUUUUCAGUUCGUAAAACCAGUCGUAAAUACGGGUUUAAAGAAGUAUCAGAGGAUGAUUCUGAUUGGACGCUAUAUUGGACAGAUUAUUCCGUAGCGUUAGAACGGGUGAUGGAUAUGAAAAGAUAUCAGAAAAUCAACCAUUUUCCGGGAAUGAGUGAAAUCUGUCGUAAAGAUUUAUUAUCUAGAAAUUUAAAUAGAAUGUAUAAACUCUAUCCUAAAGAAUACAAUGUCUUCCCUAAAACAUGGUGCCUUCCAGCAGAUCAUGGAGAUUUCCAAUCGUAUACUCGUCAGAAGAAAAAUAAAACCUAUAUAUUAAAACCUGAGUCAGGGUGUCAAGGAAAGGGUAUUUGGGUCACUAAAAACCCUAAAGAAAUUAAAACUCACGAACAUCAGAUUUGUCAGGUUUAUCUCAAUAAGCCGUUUUUAAUUGAUGGUUUUAAGUUUGAUCUACGUCUGUAUGUGGUGGUAACUUCGUGUGAUCCAUUACGAAUAUUUCUAUUUAAAGAUGGCCUGGCUCGAUUUGCUACCAAUAAAUAUGCUGAACCAACUAACAAUAAUUCAGACAAUGUUUAUAUGCAUUUAACAAACUACGCCAUCAAUAAACAUAGUUCAGAUUUUAUUAAAGAUGAUGAUGAGGCUGGUAGUAAACGGAGAAUAACAACGAUAAUGAAAUAUUUAAAAGACAAAGGACAUGAUGUGGAGAAACUGUGGGAAGAUAUUGAUGAUGUUAUUAUAAAAACUAUGAUAUCGGCACACUCUGUUUUAAAACAUAACUAUCGAACUUGUUUCCCCAAUCACGUUAAAGGUAGCGCUUGUUUUGAAAUCUUGGGAUUUGAUAUUUUACUAGAUCGAAAGUUACGUCCAUUAGUUUUAGAGGUGAAUCAUUCGCCUAGUUUUGGUACAGAUGCUCAGAUAGAUAAAGAUAUCAAGGGUACACUAGUCUGGGAUACGUUAAAUAUCGUUAAUUUCGGAGCGUGUGAUCGGAGAAAAUGUAUCGAGGAAGAAAAGAAACGAAUCAAAGAUAGACUGAUGGGAAAAUAUAAUAAAAAAGAAUCCAAAGAAGAGCUAGAAGCUGUACAAGCCCAGUAUUUAUUACAACAAGAAAGAUACGAGGUCAACCACUGUGGAAAUUUACGCAGAAUUUAUCCCAAACUAGGCUGCGAGAAGUAUGAUAAAUACUUUCAGAGUAGUGGAACUUUAUUUCAGGAAACAGCAGCAUUUAAAGCCAGGUCGGAAAUAGCUAGACAACAGCGUGAAGAUAUUUUACGUAAGAAAGAGAAACAGGAAUCCAUGUUAAAAGGGAAGAAGAAAGAUGGUUUACGACCGGAAAGUCCCAACUUGCGGAAACGGAAAACCUUACGUAGAACUAUCAUGCCCUCUAGAAAAUUUUAUAAUGGAAGACCUAAUGGAGAUGUAAGCUUAGUUCAUUAUUUAUUGGACACGAAACAUCCAAUGGAUAUAUUAGAAGAAGAGGAAUUAGAGAGGAUUAGUGGAUUAUUGCAGAGAGAUAAUCUGGUCAGGGGAUUAGGUAGGUCUCAGGAUUAUCUUAUUAGCUAA